CAUUUUCAUCCAUACGAUCAAAGUCAAAAUACAUCAAAACUCCUUUCCAGUCGUUCUUGAGCUCAUUGCACGCUCGUUUUUUGCAGUUCCUUUCGAUUUAACCUCCAUUUGUUCUUCCAGCGUAUUUCUCUCGCUUUACAUGCAUAUCUGAGACCCAGGACUAUAAGUUUUAAACACACGAGAGCGCGUCUAUCGUUUGUGAUCAAAUCAAAAACUUUACCAGCCGCAUACAGCGAUACAAACGCGACAUGCAAUAAUCGUUGUCAUCGAAUUUGAUCUUAAAUACCCUGUCAGGCGUCAGUUGGCAUCAAUCCUCUAUCCUACUUACACACAUCACCACCAUGGGCUGGUCUAUGCCUCCAACCGGUCUUGCUUCACUGACUCACUACGAUCUACCUCUCAAUUAUUUGGCCGCCUGCGGGUGCUCUACAGUUGCCACGAAUUAUCCGACCGCGGCAAUCAGUUCAUUGGCGUAUAGUGACAAAUCUUCUUACACACUUGGGGCUGGGCCAGGUUGCGGCCGAUGUUUCAAGAUCACCCUCAUCUCGGCAUGUCAAGCCUCACCACCCUUUGUGCUUGCCGACAGGCAUGACAAACCAAUCCCAUCUGUUGUGGUCAAGAUUGUAGAUAAAUGCCCUUCUCCAAUGUAUUGUGCAGCUACUGAGUCUAAAACAAACAGCGUGGGCUACACGAUCCACUUCGAUUUGGCACUUCCUUCGCCGGCUCUCAACUUAUCAUUCUUCCCAUCCGACGCAGCGCUCUAUGGUUACGAGGACUUUGGAGUCUGGAACGUGAAAUAUGAAUCAAUUUCUUGCGAGCACUGGGCAGGUUGGAAGAAUGAAUCAGCACUUGGAACCGAUCCGAACUAUCCAGCAUCCAACUCACUAUGCUGUCCUUACAAUCCUGCAUUUACCAGCGAGGUGUGUCCAAUUGCCCCAACCUCGAAACCUGCAAAGGAAAGCGCGCCCAAAUCCGGGACUGCUACCCUUAGGAUGUCUCACCUUUUAUUGUCGAGCUUCCUGACUUUUCAACUUUCACUGGUUAUCCUAUCCGCUUGAAUUUCACACCCUCUUUUUAUCCUUCAAUCGUUUACAAACCUUCUAUAUUUAACUCCUAAGAGUAACCCCUUCGAUGAUUCAGGGUAUCUUCCUACAAUCUUGAAGACCUACCUAUUCAUUUCUUCUGAGUGCUGUCUUCUUUUUUAUCACGGCAUAAGUUUUUGCACUUCCGUCAACACUACUGGAUUAACUAGUGUACUUUAAUUUACCAUACAUCACACCGAAUGCAAUUGUUGACCAAAUGGGUACUGCACCAAUUUUUACCG